GGCGGGACCGCGAGUGGAGCCGGAGCCGCCCGCGGGCAGGGAGCGCCCGCCGCGAUGUCCCACUCGGUGGUCCUGCGCGGCCCUUCGCCGUGGGGGUUCCGCUUGGUCGGCGGCAAAGAUUUCAGCGCCCCGCUGACCAUCUCCAGGAUUAACCCUGGCAGUAAAGCAGCCAUGGCAGACUUGUGCCCAGGAGAUGUUAUUCUGGCAAUUAAUGGAGAGAACACAGAGAACAUGACACACCUGGAAGCACAGAACAAGAUCAAAGCGUGUGUGGACCAGCUGCUGCUCUCUGUGAACAGAGCCGAAGGGAAGAGCUGGUCCCCCCCUGUUCUGGAGGACGGGAAGGCUCAGGCAUACCGGAUCAACAUCGAGCCAGAGCCACAGGACAAUGGCCCUGCCCAGAGCAGGAGGUCGGUGCCCCUGGGGGCUGGGGGCAGCCCCCUGGACAAGCAGCAGGUGCUGAACGUGCAGCACCACCAGCCCCCCCGGCUCUACCCCAACAGCGGCCCCGAGUCGGCGCUCCCGGCCCAGCUGGGCGGGCUCCACAUCUCUGCUGCACACAGCAUUGACCCCGUGAAGUCUCUCCCACGGAACAGAAAUGGGAUUGAUGUGGAGUCAGAUGUCUACAAGAUGCUCCAGGACUAUGAAAAGCCCGUCUCAGAGCCAAAGCAGUCUGGAUCCUUCCGAUACUUACAGGGCAUGUUGGAGGCUGGCGAGAACGGUGAAAAGCUCGACAGACUGAGCAGCCCCCGCAACAUGAAGCCCCCGGUGCCGAAGCUGGGCGGGGCCAUGUCGGGGCUGCAGAUGCUCCCGGAGUGCACCCGCUGCGGGAACGGCAUCGUGGGCACCAUCGUCAAGGCUCGGGACAAGCUCUACCACCCCGAGUGCUUCAUGUGCGACGACUGCGGCCUCAACCUGAAGCAGAGGGGGUAUUUCUUCAUCGAGGAGCAGCUGUACUGCGAGACCCACGCCAAGGAGAGGGUUAAGCCCCCCGAGGGCUAUGACGUGGUGGCUGUUUAUCCCAACGCUAAAGUCGAACUGGUCUAAGCCUGGGCUGUGCUCUGCAGAGGUCGGGCCGAGCCCAGAGCCCACCCACGUCCUGCGCCGGCUGCGAUCACCCCCGGCUACCACAGCCCGAGGCAAACUGCCUGCUCCCAGAUAAAGCCCUGUACACUUGGGAUCUCCGGGGGAUGGUGUUGAAAGCUUAAGAACAGGUUUUUCCCUUCUUUUUGACACUCUGCUUUUUGGGUUGCUGCGUUGGGUUAUUAGUCUGUGCCAUAACCUUGUCCAAGAUCUGUGUAAAUAUUGAUUAAUUCUCUACUCUGUUUCAUAUAAAACCAGUAUUCCUUUUUUUUGUGUGUGUGCCCUCCCUGUAAUUAAAAAGCAAGGAAGAUGUUUUAAAAGCUCGAAGAAAAUAAGGCACUUUAACAAGAGAAGCUGACUCCUAUAUCCUGACCCUAAUCUCCUGCCCUGUCAUUGUCCCAGGUAUUAAAAAUUGACCCCCUGGGAGUCAGGAUGUGGUAUCAGUGGGUCCCCAGCUCAGCCCCAUCCCAGCAGCUGUGCUAAGGAAGGGUGAUCUCUUAAAGCACUAAUUAUAGUGAAAUUCUCUGGAUCGGGGCACUGCAGUUGGAGGCUGAGACAGACUGAUUAGAGCUCCCCAAGAGAUCUCCACACUUGAGCCUGUGACAAGGCUUUUCUCUUCCUUUUUCCGCUCCUAAUUCAGUUGUUUUCUGUCACCUAAUCACCCAAGCACACCUUUAAAGGACACUGAAAUAGCCUGGAGCACCCUUUGGAUAUCCCCACUUCCCGCACUCCUGCCCCAGCUGCCCUUGCUUUGGCCAUUCUGACUCUUCCCGUUUUUUGCUGUAUUUUUGUAGUCCUUUAUUUCUAGAUCCUCAGACUGCUGCCAUCUGGGUCUGCCUCCCAGCAGGGAGAGAGGGAUGAAAUCCCUCCAGGCACUUGGGGAGUAACUGGAGCUGGGGUGAGUCCCAAGGCAGCAGGAUUAGAUUUAUACCCAUGUCCCAAGGCUGUGCUUUCAGUCAAGUCCAUCAUCCACUUUAUUUGAGGGGAAAAGUUUUUGUGGAUUUUGAGAUGUUGCUUUUUUUAGAUAAAUGUGGUUUUUUGCGAUGUUGCUUUAUUAGAGAAAUGUGGUUUUUUUCAUGUUAGUGCUUGGAGGAGAGAGAGUUUAGUCCCCAGCUGGGUGCUGCUGUGGGUGGUGAUGGGAGCCUGUGUUCAGUACCACGAGGUUAUUUCUGCUUUGCAACAGCCUCCCUGCUCUUUCUCUUCACUCUGGGAGAGGGAGGAUGUGGGGAAGAAAAAUAAAAUGUCUGUGCUCACUUUCCUUCCAAGGAGAAGGAAAAUAAGAAAUGGGGUGAUGGGCAAAGCACCCCUUCCCCUUCUGGCUCUCCAUAACAGGGAAAAUUGGGACUGGAGGAGGGUUGGGAGCAUGAUCCCAGUUGGGGCUGAGCAGGCAAUUUCUUCCUUACAGGUUCUGCACCUCAGAAGGGAUUUUAGGGUGUUACUGAGCUACAUCUAGACCUCUUCACACAGAGAUUUGCAGGGACUGAGCAGCUCCUGUCCAGCUGCAAUCCCCACACGUUGCUGGGUCAAACUCUUGUGCCUGUAGCUUGAAAGUUCAGGCUUCCCCCAAACCCAGGAGUAAAUGCAGCUCAACUGAGUGAUGGGGAACUCAUGACACAAAUGGCACAGGGGCUUGUCUCCAUUUUCCAGGCAGAUGGUCACAGCUGCCAGUGGUGCUGUUUGUCACUCCCUGGGGCUCUUGUCCCUGUUUGACUCCACCUGCAUGGUGGCCAUGUCCUGUGGGAUGCCAGGGGUCUGCAGCCCUGGCACAGGGAACACCAAGAAAUUCAUAAAUUGGUUCAUUGCCUUCAUUUUAAACACCCCUCUGAGCAGGCUGCUGGCAGGGCACCCUUGGUAGUCUUGCUUGGCUGCCAUACCAGUACAGCACUGGGACUGCUGGGCAUGGGGCUUUGCUUUCAAUUUGACCCCAAGUUCCCACAGAUCAGUUUUUCCACAUGGCAUCUUGUGAUACCCCUUCUCAGGAGUAAUCAAUUCACUUGAUCCCCCUGUGGAGCUUGGAGCUGCCUCAUACAACCCCAUCCCAGGGCACACUGAUUCCUGGCUUCAGGCACCUCAUUCCCAUUGUGGGGUUUGCAGGAGCUGCCACAAGCGAGUGUCACCUUUUGUGUCACCAGGUAAUGCUGUUUAACUCUGUAAAACAUGGGGAGGGUGCAUUUUGUAUCAAAUACAAAAUAAAAGUGUACUGUUUGGUUUAUCACUUAGCUUGGCCUUUGCCUGGUCCCUGGUGGGUCUCUCCUGGGGCAGGACUCCUUCAUGUGGGGAUCUCUCAGCACCCAGGUGAGGAGGACAUGGGAUAAACUUCAAAAAGCAUCUUGGAGACAGCUGAGCUUUUCACGGGGCACUGAGAGCUUGUCUGAAGUUUGGCCUGUGUUUUGGUGGGGAGUUGGUUGUGUUUUUAACUCAUGAGACCUUCCUGGGACCCUGCAUCCUGUAGGGUGUGGAGAUGGGAAGGGCCAUCGUGUCUGCACUGGUGCCUGGCUCCUGUCCCCAGUGUGACCCAGCUCCUCCUGUGAUGGUCCAGAGCUUCACCACAUCUGCCCCUGCACAAGGCCAGUGACUUGGGGUUUUUGGCAAUGUUUAACCAGUCCCAGUGACACUCCAAGGGAACCUGCUCCUGCCUGAUGGCCCAGGCUGUCACCAGAUGGGACCCACGGCUCUGUGGGGCUGGGGCUGUCACUGCCCUGCCACUGCUGGAGUGAUCCAGGCCUUCUUCCCAAGAGGAGGUUACAGCUGACCCUGGGAGCACAGAAGCCCAUGGGUCGUGGGAGUGUGGGGGACUGGGAGGUGAGGGCAAGCUGGGAUGAGCAGCCCUGUCAGAGGGAUGUUUGCUUCUGUAGCUCAGUCCACAUGGGGCUGGUUUUAAUAGCUGAUGGGGAUUUGAAUGUGGUUUUAAUAGCUGAUUGGGAUUUGAUUCAUUGGUGUGUGGGAAAGUCAGAAGGGAUGUGAGGUAAGUGCCUCCAAUAGAUGUUAACCUAAAAGGUUUUAUUUGGCAAGUGUUCAUAUAUGGAAAUUGUUGCUUGUAUGUGCCUAAAAUAUUUAAAAGACAAAGCCUCUGAGGAUCUGCAUGUGGCAGGAAAGAUUUCCAUAGUGUGGGGCUGUGUAACUCCAUGUCUAAUUAGUGCACAUAUUCAAAUAAUUAACAUGCUUAUGACUCUCCAA